AUGGUUUAUGAGUUCAUGGAAAAUGGAAGCUUGGAGGACUGGUUGCAUCCACUUAUUGGCAUGAAUAAACCAGAGACGGCGAGAAGCCUAAACUUCUUCCGAAGAGUAAGUGUGGCCAUACAUGUUGCUCAUGCACUCGAGUAUCUGCACCAUCAUUGUGAAGAACGAAUCAUUCAUUGUGACCUCAAGCCAAGCAAUAUUCUACUUGAUGAGGAAAUGGUUGGUCAUAUAAGUGACUUCGGCUUAGUAAAAAUCCUUUCUACGGACAGACUGAACUAUUCUGCUAAUAAAUCAAGCUCCCUUGGAUUAAGAGGAACUAUUGGUUUUGCCGCGCCAGAAUAUGGUAUUGGUGUAAAAUUGUUCACAAUGUAA